UCAGUUCACAAAAGCCACCGGCACACGAAGUCGGACUUAAACGGGUUCCGUCAGCUAAAAGUAAAAGUUAAUUGCCCGCGUGUGAGUGCAAUUGUGCGAUAAUGAGCGUAACUGCGCUAUUGCUCAAGGCUUUGUUUGUGCUCGGGCUGACCGUACUUUCGGGACCAGGAAGAGUGGCUGCCUACGAUCCCAAUGAUCCUAAGAUAGCCGAGUGCUGCCUGCCACCGGAGGGGAUGUUCGAGGCCUUUUAUCCCCGUGAGGUGGAGGGAAUCCCCAAUAGCGCAUCGCGACCCGCACACGGACAUGGCAGCUUCUUCAAGCACCGGAACCCAGCGCUAGUGGACACCAAGAACGCGGCGGCCUAUGGCUAUAGGUUCGACGGCAAGAGGCGUUUCAACUUCGAUUAGUUCCGCUUUUAAAAUCUGUAUUAUUCGCAAAUAAAGCCCCUUUUUGAAAACG